UUAGGAAAUCAGCUGAAAUGGAUAUUUUUUCCGAAAGGGAAGAUAAUCAUUAGAAGAGAUCGGCAUUAAUAAUUGGCCGUGAAAUUCUAACACUGUCGUUAGAGGCGUAGCGGAUCUGCAAUGGAUAAAAAAGGGCUCACCGUGUGGUUUCAGGGUUGUUUCUCAACACAGUGGAUAUUUAACUAGGCCAAUGAUCAAUCUACGCAAGCUGACCUACGUGGCUUUUACAGACUAUUACAAGAUCGUCCUCGUCUUACUUUGCCCCUCGUUACUGUAGUGGUGAUUCUUUCGGCCACCUUCCAGACUUUGCCGCAGGGAAACGUUACUAGCCGGAAAGCCCUACACGGAAUACAAAUGUAAGAGCAAACAGGCGAGCUGAUAGAUAACGCAAAGUUCUCCAUCGAGGACAGGAGUGAAAUAUAGUACCCGAGGGUCAUAGACGGUGAUGCCUGUUGAGUCACUGAUCAACUUUUGCGGUUGCCGAAGGCCGGAUACGCCAUCGUUCGACUCGACUUGAAGGACUCGUAUCCGGCAUUAACGACAGCGACGAUUCUGUUGAACAAUGCUGACGUUCUACUGAGGAAGCAUCGUCCGAUGAUGUUGUGCUUCAAUAAUCUGUGGUGUGGUUGAAAUGGUAAGAGUACAUUAUCAACUCCGUGUCGGAUUGCCAGUGUCGCUCCGCUGUUAUGGCAAGCGUAUCGAAAGAUAACGUUGUUCAAGCUGGAUGCGAUAACCGAAACUCUACGUGCAAAGGAGAUGACGAUCAAGAUAAAAAUUGCGAUGAAAAGACCGACGUAUCUGUUGAGGUACUUGAGGACCGCAUCGCUGUGUUGGCCUGUAAAAUGGAAAAACAUGCCGAGCAAGAACAAGAAGCCUGUACACUUAUCAUAGAAAAUGCCAAGUUGUUAUCGAAGUUACAGCAAUAUCGAUCCGUUCGAGCGACAAACGAGCGCUUAGAGUUAGCUGGGCUAAUCAGGAGGUCUCGUGAACUCGAGAAGGUAAUUUCGUCUGAGCAGGAAAAGAAUGAGCAGCUUGAAAAGGAAAUUGAAUAUGAAAAGAACCUGUUGCGGCGAUCAUCUGCUAUGGCAAAGGUUGAGCUUGAGGAAAAGAUCCAUAAAUUUGAAGUGAGCAAAAAGCAGAUUGUUGCUGAGAUCGAGAUGCAGAAAGACGCCUACAAGAGGUUGAUAGAGUCGACACUGGACGAAAUCAACGAGCGGCACAAAAAUGCAAUAGAGCUUCUUAGGGAACAAGAAGGACACGAACGCUGCGAGGAGAAGCUUGCGCAAUUUCGCCAAAGCCGCGAAAAGAAGCUACAUGAACUCAAUGCGGAAAUUGCUUCAUACAAAGAGGAUAUUAAAGGGCUACGGAUCCAAUUAAAGGAACUCGAUUCGAAACGAAAACGCAGAAAGUUUCCGCCGGGUAGAGGCAACGGAAGUCAGUCGUCCGAACGGGCCAGAGGGACUCACAUUGAUUCGAAGCAGCAAGAGGAGAAUAGCGUAAAAGUAGAUGUCGAAAUGCUUCAGCGCAAACCAUGUGCUUCCUGGGAUCAGGGAGAUCCACUGUUAGUUGAACGGAAAAGCCUCAUCGAAAAAGAAGGCACUUCAAUUGAGAUUUCCAGCUCUGAAAACAAGCUGUCGCCCACCGAAGGCGUGGACGGUGGCAAUGCUGUGGAUACCGGGAUACUUUCACAAACGGAAUGCGACACGAGCGGUGAAAAUGGCGCGUCAUCAAUAUGGCUCGAUGCCCAGACGGUCCCAAUUGACAUAAUCCAGCCAAUUCAAAACACGCGCGAAGUGGAGUCCAUUUUGGAGCAGGGCGCCGCCGGUGAUAUGGAAAUUGGUAACACUGCGGAACUGACGUCGCAGCAGGCUAAUCCGAGGGCCGAUGACAUUAAAGUUCUGGCAAAUCCUACGGAGCCGAGGGAUGUUUCUAUAGACGACGUCGAUUGCUCUGAAGCAGCGCCAUUCACGAGGCCAGCUAAAAGGAAAGCCUUAUUUCACGACCCAGACCCCGUAAUCAGCUAUGUACCGCCCUUAAAAACCUCGAAGGGUGGAGCCAGUGAUGACGAGGACAGGCGCGUUAAAGAAUACCUUGAAGGUCUGUGGAGUCUCGUACAGAAGAGCGCCUCUAAAAGGACGAGUUGCCGACCUAGUGACGGUAGCAGACUUCGUCGUUGAUUUUCGGCUUUUGCUUCUACUAUUAAACACGACCCAACCGCCGGAUGGCGGGUCCCGGCGUUCAACGAAAUGUCCUUGAUACACAUCAGCGCCACAAAGUUAUAGGGGGUGAUCUCGGCUUA